AUGGGUGUGUUGAUCUAUUGGUUCUUUGCAACAUCCAAAGAUAUUACCAUAGGGCCCGUCGCUGUGACGUCUACAGUUGUUGGCAGCAUUAUACUUGAUGUUCAAAGCAUCUACCCAGACAUUCCUGGUCCACAAAUUGCCCUUUCAAUCGCCAUAAUCUCUGGGAGUAUCAUCGUAUUUAUGGGUCUCGCGCGACUUGGCUUUAUUGUUGAUUUUAUUCCCCUUCCAGCAAUUACAGCAUUCAUGGUUGGCUCUUCUAUAACAAUCUGUUCCGGGCAGGUCAAGGGGCUACUUGGCGAAACAGCCAGCUUCAGUACCAAUGCACCGGCAUACCAAAUCAUCAUUGACACGCUCAAGUCCCUACCCACGGCGCAGGGAUACGAUGCCGCUAUGGGUGUCACCGCAUUAUUCACUCUAUAUGCUCUCCGCGGAGCCUGCAAUUACGGUGCUCGCAAGCACCAACGCUUUUCCAAGCUCUUCUUCUUCCUAGGUGCUCUACGGACCGUAUUUGUCAUUGUUUUCUUCGCUGUGAUCAGCUUUGCGGUCAAUUUCCAUCGCCAUGCCAAUCCUGCUUUUGCUUUAGUAGGAAAUGUGCCUCGAGGCUUCGAACAUGCCGGUGUCCCAGUACUUACAGGAGACGUUAUCAAGCUCUUUCUCCCUAAGCUCCCAGCUUGUGUGAUCGUGCUACUCAUUGAGCAUAUUGCAGUCUCCAAAUCCUUUGGACGAGUCAACAACUACACAAUUGAUCCCUCGCAAGAACUCAUUGCUAUCGGUGUCACGAAUCUUCUAGGCCCUUUCGUCGGUGCCUACCCAGCAACAGGAGCUUUCUCUCGCUCCGCAAUUCAAGCAAAAUCCGGCGCCCGAUCUCCGUUUGCUGGCAUCAUAACUGCCUGUGUGGUUUUGAUUGCCAUGUAUGCAUUGACUCCUGGACUAUAUUAUAUUCCCAAAGCAUCAUUGUCAGGAGUGAUCAUCCACGCAGUGGGAGACCUAAUCGUGCCCCCGAACACGAUCUACCAAUUUUGGCUUAUCUCACCAUUGGACGCCGUGAUUUUUGCUGUCGGCCUAAUUGUUGCGAUUGUGAGCACGAUCCCAAACAGCAUCUACGCAACGGUUUGCGUCUCAGUAGCAGUCCUCCUAUUCCGCCACGCAAAAGCCCCAGGACACUUCCUAGGACAAACCUGGGUCAACGACAAAGACGCCCAACGCCCUCUUUUUCUCCCUCUCGACGAGGCAGAUGCAAAUCCAGCUAUCAAAUUCGAGAAUCCUCGACCAGGUGUCUUUCUCUACCGUUUUUCCGAAGGCUUCAACUACCCCAAUGCGAAUCACUAUUCCGACGCCCUAGUUCAAAUGAUAUCGAAGAGCACCCGCCAAACAAAUGUAGAGGUUUAUGCAAAGAAGGGAGACCGUCCAUGGAAUGACCCGGUCUCCUCCAAUACAGAUGAUCUGCAUCUACCCAUUCUCCGGGCAAUCAUUCUUGACUUCUCGGCUGUCAAUAAUGUGGAUGUGACAUGUGUACAGAAUCUGAUGGAUGUGCGCAAACAGUUGGAUCGUCGCUCUGUGCCUGUCGCUGUACAGUGGCAUUUUGCUAAUAUCAAGAAUCGGUGGACAAAGCGUGCACUUUGCGCUGCCGGUUUUGGGUCUUCGCCCUCAACGGGAAACCAGGAGAUGGCUUCGACCGAUGUGAAUGGUCAAAUCCCCAAUUCUAAUAGGGAGGGACCGUCUGAUAUUGAGAUGGCUGGGACCACAGGGGUAUCCCUACCUUCGAACCCGUGUGAUCAUAAAGUAGAGGCGGAAGGAAAGCAGUCUGGUGCUUCGAGUUUGGAGCCUUCUAUAUUUGGAAACCGGACUCGGCCAUUCUUUCAUGUUGACUUGGCGGCUGCAUUGCACAGUGUUGAUGUAUACUUAGCUGCAAAUCCUGAGGAAUAG